AAGCGUCACAGCACCCAUAUGCAUUGUCCCGAAACCAACCUCUGCAUGAAUAGCUUCACACCUCUGUAUAUAUAUAUACAUAUAUGGAAUUGACCUCUGAGAAAACGAGAGAAAAUGAGAGAAAAUGAGGGAAAAUGAGAGAGAAAAAGAUGGAUUGGAGUGGAGGAAGAGAGGCAUUGGUGGUGUGCAGUGAUAGGAGUAUGAGUGUGGGAAUAACAGUGUGGGACAUGGUCAGUGGUGACCAACUUCUCCACAUUCCAACCUGUGCGGCUUCUCCCCAUGGGCUCAUGUGUCUGAGAGAGCAGUUCCUUGUGGCUUCUCAGAUUCACAGGCAUGGGUCACUUGGUGGUGGCGCCAUCUUCAUCUGGCCCUUGAAUAAGCCUCAAUCGCCCCUUCGAAACUAUCCAAUGGAGGCCAUCGGCCCAGUGUCAUGCUCAAAGGAUGGUGUAUAUAUUGUGGGUGGUGCUCCUUCGGGAAAUGCCUAUAUUUGGGAGGUUGCUGAUGGAAGACUGCUCAAGACUUGGCAUGCCCAUCACAAAUCUUUGACUAGCAUGGUGUUUUCUGAUGAUGAUUCUCUUCUAAUUUCUGGUUCUGACGAUGGGAUGAUCCGGGUUUGGUCUAUGAUUAGUUUGCUAGACAUCGCAGAUUGUGGAAGGUUUCCUUCUUUGUUCCAUUCUUUGUUGGAGCACACAUCCUCUAUAACUGGUCUGUUAUCUAUAUCAGGCAGCUCGAGUCCGGUUCUCGUAUCGAGCUCCCUUGAUGGCACGUGCAAGGUUUGGGACCUGAUCAGGGGAAGGCUUCUACGAACCCGAGUUUUUCCAGCAGCAAUAACUGCUAUUGUUCUUGAUCCAGGGGAGCAGCUCUUAUUCUCUGGAAGCGCAGAUGGGAGAAUUUUCGUUAGCAUGCUUGACACUGGGCUGGUGGUGGAUCCAUUCAAUGUUCCAGAGGAUCGACCGAUUGUGCUAAAUGGACACAACAGGUCCAUAACUGCAUUGGCCUUCAGUAGAUUGGGUCUGGUGUCAGCAUCUAGGGACUGCGCUGCCCACCUCUGGGAUGUUGCCAGUGGAGUUAUCAUCAGAAGAUUCAAUCAUCCAAAAGGGGCGAUUACUAAUAUGGUAGUGAUCCCAAAGUCGUCACUGCUUUCUGUGACAAACCAUCAGCGAUUCUCUAAUCAGUUCCGUGUUUCUUUGCUUGACAAGUAUCCUCAGCCAGGCAACUCAUCCAUGGGAAUGAUCACUCUCCUACCUUCAUGUUGUUCCCACAGAGUUCACCUCCCUACUAUUGGCUUCCAAAGCACAGUUUCACUAAACCAGCAAAUUCUCGAUCUGGAGCAAGAAUGUACACCAGGAGCAAUACAAAUGAAACUAGAGACAAGUAUAGAGAACCGGAUGUGGGCUGCAAGAAUGACAAAGCACGUCAUGGAGAUGAACAAGCACUUGCAAUCACGUUUACUAGAUUUGAUGCAGAACCGGUUGCUCUUAUCUGCAGACUCAACCGCAACUAGAAAGAGAAAAAGGGCGAUGCUUGAGAGUUCAAGGAUUCAGGAAGAGGAGCAAUCACAGUUGCCAAGUUAUCAAUGACUAGUAUGUUGGAUUUUUCCCUUUUCCUUUUUAUCAAUGUUUCUGGUGUGGGGGUGGGAGGAGUGGUAUAAAGGAAAUAAAAUUACCCUUAGGAAGUUUCAAUAAUGCAUGAAUACAAUCUUGGUCAACCAUUCUUAUCCUUGAAACUAUUGUUCUAUAUGAUAUAAUGUUGUUCUCUGUGUGUUUGUUCCAA